CGCGGCCCGGCAGGCACGCGGCCGCCGCGCGAAGGCCGCCCCGCCCGGCCGCGCUGAGGGACGAGCGGGCUCGGCGGCGGCCUCGGGCAGCGGCAUCGCGGGGCAGGGGCGCUGCUGGCGGCUGGAGGUGGGCUGGGCAUCCCCCGGCCCACAGGAGGGCGCGGGGGCCGGCCUGGGGCUGGGGCCGGGCGCCGAACGGAGGUUUGGUUCCUCUGUGGGGCUCCCAGUGCGGUGCCAUUUCGGACGAGCGGGAGAGUGCGAUGUUUCAAAAUGUUACAGAAGCAAAAUUUAUUGGUAAAUCCCUUCAGCCAGCACGGCCUGUGCACCAACUGUCUUCUAAACAAGCAUCACCCAUUGCAUUAAACAUUUGGACUGAAUUACCCAGCAGCACUGAAGUAUAUUUGCAGAGUAAGGUUGACUGGUCAUCUGAAAUGACUGAAGUGAAGAUCUUAACUCAAGCUGUGAUGCUCUGUCAACCAAAACAACAUGAAUCAGGAGCAAAAAAAGAAAGGAUCCAAUACAGCAGAGAUUUCCUUCUGAAGCUUUCAAAUGUUUCUCUCUCUCAGAAGAAACCAGAGUUUCUUCCUGAUCACCCAGUUGUACUUCAAAAGCCAGUAAAGAACAAACCUUUCAUUGACAUCUGCAAGAAGUGACAUGUUGUUUGGAAGAUCCAAAGUCCAUCAGUGAGGGAGCUACAUUUGAUGUAGGUCUUCAAGACUUUUGAAGGUGCUUGGGUGCCUGGAGAUGGAAGUACAACCCUGUGAAACCUAUGAAAAUGCCUUUUUCUUCCUGUACUUGCCUGAAUGCUUUAAGAAACAAACCUUUAAUUUGUAAUGCCUGAAAUGGCACUAUGAUUAAAGGGAAAAUAAAUAAUUUUA